GCCAACGCUCUUCUUCCCAGUCUCCACCGCCACCGCCGUUUAAAUAAAGCUGAUACUCCCUACUCCGUAAUAAUUACAGAAAACCGGAGAAAGAUAAGGGGAAACACUAGUUUUCAGAUUGAGCUUCCAAUCGCUGAUUUGAGACUGGAAAGAUAAGCGUCGAAGAUGUUGAUGGGAAUAAUAAGCUUUCAAUGCUUGAUGGACUUCGUUGUUGCCGGAUUAUCCCUCAUUAUUGGCCUGGGAAUCUUCUCCUUCGUCGCUUCGAUUCUCUGCUCCGCCGCUUUCUUCCAGAACGUGAAGGAGUUUUCCUGAUUCGCCUAAAUAUGGAUCUUAUCUAGGUGUAUCAUACCCAUCUUGCAGGCUAGGGAAGUGUGGCGAAAACCAACCAAAAAUCGGUGAAUAUGUGAAAAUUGAGCUGAAUAUAUAAUAAAGAGGAUGAGCACAUAUAUAUCUCCAUUUCCAUCUUGUAAAAACUGGAGAUAAUGGGAAGAUUAGUGUGCAUCACCAUCACCAUCACCAUCAUCAUCAAGAACCAAACUCUAGGGUGAGUGGAGAUAUGAAUAUGUGUAACAUGUUGUUGUUGUUUGUACUCAUAGGUUGUGGCUAUGUGUGUGUGUUAUGUAGGACAUCUCUCUUCUCUUGAAAGCAAAAUGGUUCUCUCUGUCAAAGGAUUACUUAGCUGUUGUAGUUCUUGAAUAAAACUCCCUGUCCUGAAAAAAUGCCAUCAUUCAAACUUUUUCUUUGGGAACCAUUGGCAAACUAUCUUCACUCAAACUUCUUGUCUUUAAACUCUUUCUUUUAAAGUUUAAAAAAACUUUUAAACUGAUUCGGUGUCUGCUUGGCAAUAAUUUCAGCGUUUAGUUUUAGUUUUUUGAUAAGAAUAUUUAAUGGUAGUGUUUAAUUUUAACAUUUUCAAAUUAAGCAACCGUAUGAGUCCUCACAUUUUUUCAACAAUAUUAAGUUGCCAAGAAGCUGUCCCAUUUUGACUUCUCUUCCUUGAACGAUCCGAUCAUUAUCAACAACAAAUCUCCAUUUUUAGGAGCAGGAAAUAAGCUCUGCCCCCCCAAGCGCUCUCUUCCCUCUUCUCCUCCGAAGAUUUUCAACUCCGUAUUAGGUGAGGCAACAUGGCGGCGACCCCAACACGAAUUGGACUUGCUGGCCUAGCUGUAAUGGGGCAAAACCUUGCGCUGAACAUAGCCGAGAAAGGGUUCCCUAUCUCUGUCUACAACAGAUCAACCUCCAAAGUUGAUGAGACCGUGGAACGCGCCAAAGCAGAAGGCGAUCUUCCUCUCUACGGUUUCCACGACCCCGAAUCCUUUGUCAAAUCCAUCCAGAAGCCUCGUGUCAUCAUCAUCCUCGUCAAGGCCGGUUCGCCAGUUGACCAAACCAUCAAAACCCUUUCAACCUAUCUGGAGAAAGGAGACUGCAUCAUCGAUGGUGGCAAUGAGUGGUACGAGAACACAGAGAGGAGAGCCAGGGAAGCAGAGGAACUGGGCUUGCUUUAUCUUGGAAUGGGUGUUUCCGGCGGUGAAGAAGGGGCCCGGCAAGGCCCAUCGCUAAUGCCCGGCGGCUCCUUUGAAGCCUACAAACACAUUGAAGACAUCUUGCUCAAAGUGGCAGCCCAAGUUCCAGACAGUGGCCCUUGUGUGACUUACAUCGGCAAGGGCGGUUCCGGAAACUUUGUCAAGAUGGUUCACAAUGGGAUUGAGUACGGCGACAUGCAAUUGAUUGCAGAAGCCUACGACGUCUUGAAAUCCGUGGGAAAGCUUUCUAAUGCCGAACUGCAUGAGGUUUUCUCAGAUUGGAACAAAGGGGAGCUGCUGAGCUUCUUGGUCGAAAUAACUGCUGACAUAUUCGGAAUCAAGGACGACAAGGCGGACGGGUACUUGGUGGAUAAGGUUCUGGACAAAACGGGCAUGAAGGGUACCGGGAAGUGGACGGUCCAGCAAGCCGCCGAGCUGUCGGUCGCCGCCCCGACCAUCGCCUCGUCCUUGGACUCGCGGUUCCUCAGCGGGCUGAAGGACGAGCGGGUCGAGGCCGCCAAGACAUUCAGAUCCGGCGGCAUCGCUGAUGUCACCGCCGACGUCAUCGCCGACAAGAAGCAGCUGGUCGACGACGUGCGCAAGGCGCUCUACGCGUCCAAGAUCUGCAGCUAUGCCCAAGGAAUGAAUCUGAUCCGCGCGAAGAGCGCCGAGAAGGGGUGGGGUCUGAAGCUGGGGGAGCUGGCGAGGAUCUGGAAGGGCGGGUGCAUCAUCCGGGCGGUGUUUCUUGACCGGAUCAAGAAAGCCUACGACCGGAACCCGGAUCUCCGGAACCUUCUAGUGGACGAGGAGUUCGCCAGGGAGAUGAUCGAGCGGCAGCCCGCGUGGCGGAGAGUCGUUUGCCUCGCGGUCAGCUCGGGGAUUAGCAUCCCGGGCAUGUCCUCCAGUCUGGCCUACUUUGACACUUACCGGCGGGAAAGGCUUCCCGCCAAUCUGGUGCAGGCUCAGCGGGACUACUUCGGGGCCCACACGUACGAGAGGACCGACAUGCCGGGUUCGUUCCACACGGAGUGGUUCAAGAUUGCCAAGCAGUCAAAGAUAUGAUUUUUCUUGCACACUCUUCUGGCAUUUGGAUGAACUGGUGGUGAUGCUUUUGUACUCUGAAUAAGGAUUCUUUGUGGCCAGAAUUGUUAGAUUCAAAUACACUUGGAAUGUAUGCAAUUUAUUGAAGUUUGUUUUUAUUUUGUGAACUAUUUGUAAACCAAACCAUAUUUUUUAUAUCUCUCAUUCAAUAAAAGUAUCUCAGCUAC